GACCAACACACCACAAAACAUCAGAACUUGAAUCUCUCACCACUGGACAUCGCCAAAAUGUCAACUCCACCGGAACAACCAAAAUCAAUCCUCAAAAAGACGCACGAUUCUCUCACAUCACCAUCAGACGACCUACCAACCAACCUCAAGAUCCAACCAAAAUCAGAUGCCGAGCGCAAACGUCUCGAAGUCGCUGUCCAACAUGCCCGCCUGAUUCAAGAACAAAAAGCCAUCAUGAUAGCAAAUCUGGACGCCAUCGAGGAACUAUCCGAAUAUCCCGCUUCCGAGACACCGACCGAGGCAGAAAUCAACGCCUUCCUGGGAUACAUGAUUUCAUUCCAACCUGGAGAUUACGAUGCACUGAUCGAGGAACGCCAUGUUAACGACAGGUGUGGAUAUACCUUGUGUCCUAAUCCGCCGAGGAAGCCAGUGAGAGCGCCAUGGUUGAAGAAUAGGGGUGUGGAAAACUGGUGUUCCGAUGACUGUGCAAAACGUGCCUUGUACAUCAAGGCGCAGCUUGACGAAACCCCAGCGUGGGAGCGUAGAGCAGGCGAGAAGAAUCCUUUGGUGUUGUAUGGCGCGAACAAGCAACCAGCACAAGGAACUCAGAUGCAACUACCCGUGCGGGAGAAGGCACCUCAGAAGGAUACUGACGAUCGCGAUCUUGCCUACGAGAGAGGCGAAGUCACCAAAGUGUCGGAAACCAAGAUGGACAGAGUGUUGAAGACGGAGGUCCUCGAGAACAAAACCAUAUCUUCCGUCAUGCCGCCAACACAGACCAGAUUCGCCGACAGCUCAGUACACGACCUCAUCGAAGGAUAUCAACCGCGAGGCGUCCAAAAAGGCAGUCGUAUCACCGUAAAGCCUGAGGAUUCAGAUAGCGAUGAAGAAGAUGCUUGAGUCAAACUCGACUCGAGACCGAGAUCACAGGGAGCUCAUGACAAAUUCAAAACCAUGAAUCGGGAGAGUGGUCACAUCAAUGAGGAAUAGGUAUCGAGUCUGUUUCUUUUGCUUCUCCUUCAAAUCUCUCAAUCUUUCAUCAAGUCCACUCCUACACUUUGCAAUGCUUCCACCACCCAGCCAGGGUAUUUCUUCUUAUCUCCUGCAUACAAUCUUGCAAAGUACCCGCGCAGGAACGCAGGAUACUGAUCUGCAAUGAUGGCUUCGCGGACCCUUCUCAUCAAAUCGAGGAGAUAGUGUACGUUGUGUAUACUCAGCAGAUGUGCACCUGCAGUUUCUUUUGCUGCGACAUGGUGAAUGUAGGCGCGUGUGAGUCCCAGACCGCCGUCUGAAGAAGGUCGACAGAUAGUGCACUUGCAACCGGGACCCACAGCGCUGAAGUCAUCUGCGUAGGAGGCGUGGCGGAGAUUCAACACGCCU